AUGUCAUCACAGAUUUCAUCUCAGCUGCAAGUGAAGGACACACGCAUAUCAUCGCAGCUAUAUGAAAAGAGUACUCAGCCACAAGACAAUUUAUUCAAAAAUUACUCGGAACUCAGAGAGAGAAAGGAUAAAAUCGAGGAACGGGAAGAUAAAUUCGAAGCGCUUAUUAAAGAAAAACAGGACAAAGUCGAAGCUAAGGUGGAUGAGCUUGAAGAUCGUCUCCGGGGUUUGCAGUUGAAUCGUCCAGCUAAUUGGACGAACGCUCCCAAGAGCGAAUUCGAAGAAACUAUGAAAAAAAGUCAAAAUGAGAUAAAGUCAUUAUUGGAAGCAGUUGAAACGCGGUAUACACAACGUGUUGCAAUGAUGGAAAAAUCUCAGAAAUUAUUUGAAAAAAAAAUUGGAGAAGUAAAAAACUUAUAUGAAAUGGUUGAAGAAGUAAAAAACAAAACUGAAACAAUCGGCAAAGACAACGAAAAGGUACAUAGUGAAAUCAAAAAGCUGAACAACAACACUAAUGAAAUACAAAUGUCAUAUGCAGAAACUAUUAAAAACAAUAUAAAGAAAAAGGCAUUGCCAGAGUUAAAAAACGAUGUUGCAAUAAUUGUGAAACCCAAAGUAAAGCAAGCGGUUGAAAAAACGAAAACAGAUCUGAACAGCAAAGUUGAUCCCAAAAAUUUGAAUAUUUCGAAAAUUUUAUCAAAAAAUAAUGGUGUAAUGGUGAUUCAUAGUCAAAAUAAUGAUGAACGCGAAAAAAUCAAAGAUGCCAUUGAAAAAAACAUUGGCAAAGAAUAUGAAAUAAAAGUGCCAAAUUCAAUUCGUCCAAGCUUCUUAAUUGCAGGAAUGAAUUUUAAAUACGAAAAUAGCGAUUUAAUAGAAUCAAUAAGGAAGCAAAAUAAUAACCUGAUCCAAGGCUCAUUAAAAGUAUUGAAGCAGUUUGAAAGAAAUCGAGGCAACAUAAAGGUGUAUAAUGCAAUCAUCGAAAUAGAUAAAGAGGAUUUUACAAAAAUUCUUGCCGCAGAGCGAAUAAAUGUCGGGUGGGAUAGAUGUAAAGUCUUCGAUGCUAUUAAUGUACUAAUGUGCUACAAAUGCAAAGGAUUUAAUCAUAAAUCAGCCGACUGUAAAAACGAAGAAGCUUGCCACAAAUGCCACGGAAAACACAACGAUAAAACAUGUGAAAAAAAUCCAAUUAACAAGUGUCUAAAUUGCAUAAAAGCGAACACAAAAUUAAACCUAGCUUUAGACAUAAAUCAUGAUACAUUUGACAGGCACUGUCAAUGCUACAAUAAUAAACUAGAGAUAAAAAAAACAAAAAUUAGUAUCACAGCUAACAAAAAUGAAGUUGAAAUAAUGAUCGAGGAAGAAAAUCCAGAUAUUGUACUUUGUGCAGAAACACAUACUACGGAGGAUGUAUAUGACUCGGAACUGGAGAUUGCUGGGUUCAAUCAUAUUAGAUGCGACUCGCAUAGUCGUCACACCGGUGGUGUCUUAACCUAUAUUCAUAAGCAAAUUGAUUUCAAAGUUAUAUUCAAUAGGAGCAUAGUUAAAAUAAAAAAGAAAACAUUUAUGGAAAACGAAAUCUCAAGAAAUACUAAUAACCAAAAGUUAAUGUGGAAAUGUCUAAAAGACGCCAUAAAUCUGAGUAGUGAGGUAGCACAAAUUCAAAAAAUUUCUGUAAAUGGUGCUCUUAUUGAAGAUGAUUAUGAAAUAGCAACUGAAUUAAACCGUUACUUUAGUGAGAGCAUAAGCAGAAUCCGAGAUAGCAUUGAAAUCUUCGAAGCAGGUGGAAAUCAAAUGGAGAUAAACAGAAGCUUGUUUAAACUGAAAGAAAUAGAUGUUGAAGAACUUAUGAGAGUUACAACGAAAUUAAAAAACAAAUACGGAGGAAAAAAAUUAGUAACGGAAGGUGUAUUAAAAGACAGCAUGGAGUACUUAGGCUAUACCUACACAUGUGUAAUUAAUGAAAGUUUCCAAUUUGGUGUAUUUCCAGAUUGCUGGAAGACCUCAGUAAUUGUACCUGUUGAAAAAGUAAAGGGAACAAUUAAGCCAGAGGAGAUAUGA